AUGUCCUGUCGCUUCACUGAGCACAAGAAGGAAAAGCGUGCGCAGCAGGUGCUGUACACGCGCGGACCCGGCUCCUCACUCAAAUGGCAGUGUAAUGGCAGCAGCUUCCGCAGUCGGGCCGGAAGAUCCCCGGAACGAUCAGAUGAGCUCCAACGUCACGGCCAUAGAGGGAGGUCCAGAGAUCCUUCCAAGGAGCGUGACCACCAUCGCGACUGUGAGCUCUCCAGACGCACCAACCAGAGUCGUCGCUCGGACUCGCCAGAUCCAGGCGAAGGCCCUCGCCUUCAGAGCAUCAGUUGGCGGCCCCGUUCCCAGCAGCCGAGCGCCGCACAGCAGGAUGACCCCCAGAGCCAGCCAGGGCUUGGACUAGGCAGAGGCGGGUCGUCUGUUCCGUGCGCCCGAGACCGCAUUCAUCGGGAGACACAGGAGAGGCUGAAGAAGCUGCGGUCGACCUUGGCCAAGGACCCGAAAAUGUCGGCCACCGCCAAGGCGGGGACGAGCGGCUCCUACUUCGCCAACGAUGGGUCUUUCUUGGAUAUUUUCAAGAAAAUGCAAGAGGAACAGAAUACUAUCGCCCGGGAGAGUAUAAGCGCAGUCGGUCCCUACAUUGUCGCUACGGCGGUCGGCGCCCCAGCUCCACCGCCCCUCUGCGUGGGACGUCGUCGUGGUGGCAAGGCCCUGAAGACCGGCCGGGUGCCCAAGCUGCAAGAUCGCGCCAAGAAGAUGGUGGAUCCAAAGGACUUCUGGUCCGUCUACCUGGCCGAGGUCGAGAAGUACAACACCACUGGCUGUGAGAAGGCAGAAGGCCAUUCCAAGUUGGUCAAGUAA